CAUCAAAACAAAUAAGGACUCCGGUGGAUUGGGAGGCCUCCGUUUAGUCUGUGCGGCAUCCCGCUAUUAAUCCCGGUGUGUUCGCACACCGUUUAUACAUUUCCUUAUCCUGUCACCUGCCAGAUAAAAGAGGCCAGAGUGAGUCCCUGCAUGCCGGAUACCCCUCUGUCCCGCUGCCUGGCCUCUCACGUUAUAGAUGUUGCGUAAUCACAUUGGUUACAAAAAUCGCUGAACUUAUAUAUGCAUGCAGAGGCAAGAAGCGUACAUGUACUGCAGGUGUGCUUAUGAUAUGCUAAAGGGACAUUGACUGAAGUUUGCUACUUGUUGAUCCAUACUCCUGUCCUCUUCUGAUGUGCAAAUUAUUUAAAGCCUAACACACACUAUGGGAGGAGCAGUGAGUGCUGGUGAAGACAAUGAUGAUUUAAUUGAUAAUCUUAAAGAGGCACAAUAUAUACGUACUGAAAAAGUGGAACAAGCCUUCAGAGCAAUUGAUCGUGGAGAAUAUUAUCUAGAAGGAUAUCGGGACAAUGCGUACAAAGACUUGGCUUGGAAACAUGGAAACAUUCAUUUAUCUGCUCCCUGCAUUUACUCUGAAGUUAUGGAAGCACUAAAACUGCAACCAGGGUUAUCGUUUCUUAAUCUUGGAAGUGGAACAGGAUAUUUAAGUACAAUGGUGGGCUUAAUUUUAGGUCCGUUUGGAAUAAAUCAUGGUAUUGAGCUUCAUUCAGACGUUGUGGAGUAUGCAAAAGAGAAAUUGGAAUCGUUCAUCAAGUAUAGUGAUAGCUUUGACAAAUUUGAGCUUUGUGAACCAUCUUUUGUGGUUGGUAAUUGUUUGGAAAUUUCAUCAGACAGUCCUCAGUAUGACAGGAUCUACUGUGGAGCUGGGGUCCAGAAAGACCACGAAAAUUACAUGAAAAUUUUAUUAAAAGUUGGAGGAAUAUUAGUAAUGCCUAUUGAAGAUCAGCUUACUCAGAUCCAAAGAACUGGGCAAAAUACGUGGGAAAGUAAAAACAUACUGGCAGUUUCAUUUGCUCCUUUGAUGCAACCGAAUAAGAAUGACAACCACAAACCAGAUACUGUGAGAUUACCUCCCUGUACUGUGAGGAGUCUUCAGGACUUGGCCCGCGUCUAUAUUCGCCGUACACUUAGAAACUGCAUAAAUGAGGAAAUGCAGGCAAAGGGUAUUCCUCCCAAGGCACCACCGAAACGGAAACGAAGACGAUGCCGCAGACGCCGCAUUAACACAUACGUGUUUGUAGGAAAUCAACUUAUUCCUCAACCAUUGGACAGUGAUGAUGAUGAAAAGAUUGACGACGACGGCAAGGAAGUGGAAAAGGACCACAAUGAAUCUAUGAAAGUGGAGGAACCUCCACCAAACCUCCUUAGAGAAAAGAUUCUGAGUUUGCCCCUCCCAGAAUCUUUAAAGGCUUACUUGACCUAUUACAGAGAAAAAUAACACACUGGAAACCACAACUUUGCCUGCUGAUAUUUAAUUUACUUGGCGAAAAAUGUAGCAUUUGUUAACUAAUUGAUCAGAGAUACAGUGGACACCUAAAACUGUCUCAACUUCAUCAAUUUAGUUUAUAUUCUAAAAUCUAUAUUUUUCUCAACAUUUUGAAGUGCAAUCUAGGCAAGUUUUAUCUCUAAACAAGUUAUCACAGAGUUGUAAGAGGUAUAGCUUGCACUUUAGAAAGGCAUUCUUUUUAGGUAGGUAAAUUGACAUUCUUUGUAUUGGACAGAUUAAAUCACAUCUAGCCAUUCACAGCACUUUUCAGACAAACAAGUAUAGCUUGAGUCUGUCUAUAAAAUUAAGAUCUAAAUGCAAAUCCUAUUAUGUGGCGUCCCUUCUACUACGCGUGUUAUUGUGUUAAUCAUCUGUUAUACCAAUCCAAAUUGUCUGAUCGGAAUUUAAAUUAUAACGGUCUUUAAACGGCAUUCUUUCAUUUCAAGAACAAGUGUCAAAAAUAUGGAAAUCAUGUUGUAUUGAAGAAAAUGUAUGUUGCAAUCCUCAUCAACACAAUAUGUUUGUUCUCUCUAUGUCAUGUGACCCUUUGAAAUAUGUUUAAAUAUAUGCUGGAUAUCUAGGAAUAGUUUAUUUUAUAGUGCUAAUGCAAGAAUGGUAAUUAAGAGAAUUCUUGUAA